AUGACUAAAGAAAUUGCUGAAAAUAAAAAUAGAUCAACUCGAGGUAUCAAUUGUUAUUGUAGUAAUAAUUUUAUAUUUGAAAUUUGUCUUGCUGACAAUAUACUUGCAUCGGUCAAAGAAAUAUUUAUACGUGAUGACGUAAAAACACUUAAUAUUUUAGACAACCGUAUAUCUAGAAUUGGAUAUGCAGCAUUUUCCGCAAUUCCGCAUAUUGAAAAUUUAAUAAUAAUAUCUGCUGCUAAGAAUUUUGAAAUUCGUAGAAAUUCAUUUGAAGGAUUAUCAAAUUUAAAAAGUCUUAAACUUAUAACUACACCAAUAAUACUAUACAGUUUUGAACUUUUAAAAAAUUUAAAAUAUCUUGAAUUAAUACCACAAGGAAUUCUUUCAUGCGAUUUAAUUUCUGAACUUGAAAAUUUAAAUGUUUUCGGAAUUAUUAAUUCUACGGAAUGUCAGUUUAAGUGUUACCGUCAAUGUAUUUCUGAUACUUUUGAUGAAUCAAAAUUUUUAUCCCUUUAUUACAAGGGUGGUUCAUUCAAAAAAGUACCAGCAAAGGCAUUUUCAUGUUUGAACAGAGUAAAUAAAAUUAUAAUUACCAGCAGUGACCUUGAAAUAAUUGAACCUGAAGCAUUUGAUGGCCUUCAAAAUCUUGAAACUCUUGCAAUAACUUGGAACAAUAAUUUCACUCGAAUUGAAAAAAAUGUAUUUAGUAAUUUCGCUAACUUAAAGUCACUUAUAUUGAGUCAUAAUUCAAUAUCAUUCAUUGACGAUGGAGGAUUAAAAACUAUAAAAAGUGAAGUGCACAAUUCAAAAUUGUCAUAUUUAGAUUUGAGUUACAACAAAUUAAAAUACAUUGAAUCACCAAUUUUUGGUGAUACAAUUAUUACGGAAUUGAAAAUAGACAAUACUAAAAUGAUAAAUAAAAAUGAUAAAUUUGAAAAUGUUCGCACAAUAUUUGCCGUUAAUGAUUUGACUGUUGUCAAUGAUUUAUCAGCCGUCCUACCUGAUUAUGAAAAUAAUUUAUCAGUUGAUUUACAUCUUAAUCUAUCACUUGAUACUGAUGAAUUGUCAAUUGGUAAAAAUGCAUUCAAAAAUAUUGAGCGUGAUUGUUCAAUAAAAACUUUGACUAUCAGUAAAUCUCAUUCAAGUGGAAUUGAAUUUUUUUAUUACACAUUUUUUGGUCUGUCAAAUUUGGAAAAUAUUAUAUUUAAUGUUGGACCAAUUGAAGUUAAUAUAAAUCUUCCAUAUCGUACACUUAAAUUGGUCAACAUAAGUAAUAAUCAAUUGUCUUCUUCUUUGAAGCCAAAAACAUUUGAUGGAAUUAUUUGUAAAGUAUUUGAUAUGACUGGAAGUGGAUACGAGAGAAAUGCUAUUUCUUUAUUUGGCGAUUCAUGUAUUGAGUACUUGAUGAUAACGGAAAAUUUAGAAUUUUUAAAGACAUGUUCCUCGACAGCUUUAAAUUCUGAUUAA